UUAAUAAUGACACCUCUGAUGAAACGUGUGGUUCACUCUGGUCAUCCCCCUAAUAUUGCUACGAAUUGGAUAACUCACACCAUCAGUUCAGUACGUUUAGCUUGAAAGACCUGUAGAAUGUGCGACGUGAAAAAGUAAUUGCAUGAUUCACUGUUCAUUAAAGAGCAGAAAAUACACCGCAACUUUCGCACUCAUCAUAGGUAAUGGGAUAUUGUGAGUGGAAACAAUAAUUCAGGAAUCAUGGUGAAAUAUGUAGAGUUCCAAGCAGUGGUGCUGGCAGGUGGAAAGGGUUCCCGGAUGACAGAAUUGACAGCAGGAAAACCAAAAUGUCUUCUUCCAGUGCACAAUCUUCCAAUGAUUUACUAUCCCCUGGCCUCCCUCGAAAAAGCAGGUUUUACCGAGGCAAUCGUUGUUGUCACAGAAUCGACACGUAAAGAAAUCUCUUCAGUCCUCGACAAACUCAAUCUUACAUUGAAGCCAGAAGUCGUCGGAAUACCAGAUAGUGAGGACCUAGGAACAGCUGAUGCUGUGAGAUUCAUCAGCGAUAAAAUUCAUAAAGAUGUCAUGGUGAUUUCCUGUGACUUAAUCUCUGACGUCAAUAUCUCUGAGAUCCUCAAUUCAUAUCGAAAAUACAAUGCGAGCAUUACAGCACUGAUGUUGCCUGCUCCUAAAAUUCCUGGGACCUUUGUUACACCAGGACCUAAGAGUAAACAAAAACCAGAAACUGAUUUAAUUGGAAUUGACAACAGAACUAAUCGAUUAGUUUUUCUUGCCUCUGCCUCUGAUUUCGAGGAUACUCUUACAAUUUCCCAGAAAUUACUGAGAAAACACACGAGUUUCACUAUGCAUUCGAAAUUGUUGGACGCACAUUUUUAUAUUAUGAAAAAAUGGGUGCUCGAUUUUCUGAUUCAUAACAAGAAUUUUGGAACUCUAAAGGGCGAGCUUCUCCCCUACAUUGUCAGCAAACAGUUGAGCCGACCUCCGAAGCAAACCCUCGAUGACAAAAAUACGUCAAUAGUGAAAAUGGAUAUCAGAGAAGACAUUUUUCGUUUUGCUGUUGAAAAAACGUCAGAUGAAUUGAUAAGGGAAAUGUCGGCUUUCAAUGAUCACUUCUUUGAUCUCGAAGGAGCUUAUCACGGUGACCUGAUCAGAUGCUAUGCCCAUCUGAUCACUGAUAAGUUCGGACUCAGAGCAAAUACUGUGCAAAUGUACAGUUUAGCCAAUAGUCAGUUAUCUCAACUUCCAUCUUGCAAUAUAUCAACUAACGUAAUUUCUCAAUUGGCUACAGUUAAGAGUACUCAAGUAACAAAUUGUAGAAUUGAUGAGGGAGCUCGUAUAGACGAGAAAACAUCACUUAAACAAAGUCAUAUUGGACCUGGAUGUGUGAUAGAACAGAAAACGAGAGUUGCUGACUCGAUUAUCAUGGGAAAUGUCGUCAUUAAGCAAAGGUGUGUUAUCAUUAACUGCAUUUUGUGUAAUAACUGUGUUAUUGAGGAAGGAACAGAAUUGAAGGAUUGCCUGGUUGGUGCUCAACACAUUGUCCCUGGCGGUGGGAGAUACUCUCGAGAAGUCUUGACUGAUGUAGACAGGCUGAUGGAAAUUUAAUAAAUGUUUAUAUAUUUACAAGAA